GUGAUAACUAGUUAUUAUCUCUUAAACACCAGUCACAGUCCUUUGAGAUAUCAUUUACAUGCGAGCAAGAAGAUUGGCUGAGGCAGUUAGGCUUUAGUUGGUGAGAUUUGGUUGCAGUACUUCUGCUUCCUGUUGAGAAUUAUUUGGGUCCGGAGCUUUCGGUGUUUCCAUCAUUUAGUGAAGGAAUGAUGGAAAGCAAGGAAUUGUCGGAUGAAUGCAGCACUCAGAACCAUCUGCCGGCUGGAGGCGCAGUCGAAGACAAAAGGACCAGAAGAAGACGGCUCUUCUUACAGGGGUUCAAGAUCUUCACGGUGAGCUUGGCAAUGUGGUUCAUGGGGUCGGUGUUCGUGUUCCCGUCUGUGGUAGCCGAGGACCUCUCCCGGCACAACACCACCCUCUAUGGCAACACCCUCGCUCUCACCCCCACACAAAUGGAUAUGAUGGGUAGUGUGGUGUCUCUAGGAUCGCUCCUGGGUGCAUGGAUCUUUGCUUCUCUGAUGAUGAGGCUAGGACGCCGUCUUGCUAUGAUUAUUGCUGGGAUCAUAGCAUUCCUGGGAUGGCUAGGAGUUGCUCUCCUUCCAAACUUUGCUGGGAUCAUAGUAGGGAGAGCGCUGACCGGAGUGGCCAUUGGAGGUUUCUCUGUCACGGUCAUCGCUUAUGGCAUUGAAAUGGCUGACAUGGAAGUGCGGGGAAUCAUGAGUAUGAUAAUCAACCUUGGCGUGCCUUGUGGUCAGGUGGUGACGGCCUCGGUGGGAUACGACGCUCGUUACUAUGUGGUGGCUUUCAUCAAUAUCCUGCUGCCUCUCUUCUUUAUUCUUGGCCUCGCGUGGAUGCCGGAGAGUCCAUCAUUCCUCGUCAUCAAAGGCCGGGAGGCGGAAGCCAGGGAUAUCCUGCGCAGCCUACGGAGUAAACAUGCAGAUGUGGAGGCUGAGAUACAGAAUUAUCGGGAGAUGAACAUUAUGUCAGGUGAAGGCACUUGGAAGGGCCUCCUACAGCCAGAAAUACUCAAGUCCAUCCUCAUUACCUCUAUUCUCUUCAUUUUCGCCUACUUCACUGGUUAUUUGGUGAUCAACGCCAAUGCUUCUAGGAUUUUUGCGGACGCUGACUCCUCUAUUGACAACAGACUCUGUACUAUUAUCAUCCUCCUUGUCCAGGUGGCCGGUGGUGCUUGCAGUGUCUUGCUGAUAGACAAACUAGGACGCAGGAAGACCCUCAUCCUCUCAUUCUGCCUCAUGUGCGUCUCUCUCACCGGCAUGGCCAUCUAUGAGGGCCUGGUGCAAAACGAUGAGGGUGGUGACGGAGGAACGGUGACUGAUAGUGUUUUGGAAGGGCUUGAUCAGGAGGAUCCAGGGCCGUCGAGGCCUAAUGGUUGGAUUCCCUUAGUGUGUCUAAUGGUGUCCCAGGCAGGGGUGGCAGCGGGGGUCAACCCUAUACCAUUCACCCUCAGUCACGAGUACUUCCCCACCUGGAUACGCUCCCAGGCUGCGAGCAUUCCCUUCUCCGUGUCGACGGUGGCGUCGUUUGGGUCGCUCCAGCUCUACACACCAAUGAGGAAAGGGUUCACCCAGGCUGGCCUCUACGGCUUCUACGCUGCCGUCUCCGCCCUCGGGGUCCUCUUCACCAGUUUCUUCAUCAGGGAAACCAUGGGGAAGAAGGUGGGGUGAUGGGACCUCUCCCUUCCUAUUUUCCCUUCCCUCCCGCCCUGUCUUCACAUCAGUCCUCCCACAUGAGGCGGGAUCACAGAGCUGGAGCUCAGCUUUCCCCCGCAGGUACAGCUGUGUGAGGGUCAGGGUCUACGUGAUUUCAUUGGUGUCAACAACGGAGGAACUUUGUCGCUGGAUAAGGCGUUGAUGUUGAUAAUUUCCUCAGGAGAACGUGUAAUAUGGCGGUGAUUUUUGUGUUAUCGCACUGUGCAUGCAACGUGCAUUAGGAAGUGAUUGAGAUAUUCAGGCUUAGAAAGUGUAUCAUGUUGAUAUUUUAUUGUGGUGUAAGAUGUUUACAAGCUCCUAACUGUUGGAGCGCUCUUAACUUUGUUAAUGAUUGCACUCACCGAAUAGUGCUUACGGGAGUUGAGCUUCGGACCUUUUGUCCCGCCUCUCAACUGUCAAUCAACCGGUGUACAGAUUCCUGAGCCUACUGGGCUCUAUCAUAUCUACAUUUGAAACUAUGUAUGUAGUCAGCCUCCAC